GAUCAUUUGAUUCUGUUCUCAGUCCUAUUCCAGAUGUUGGCAAAGGAGAGGGACAGGAAGAGGAGGAGGAAGAUGACAUGGGGCCUCGUCUGCCAGUCACUCCAAAGAACUGCCUUCCUCGCCGGGGCAUCAGCGUCCUGGAGAAGCUCGUCAAAACGUGCCCAGUGUGGCUGCAGCUGGGUCUGGGCCAGGCGGAGGCAGCCAGGAUCCUGCACCGGGAGGCGGCCGGGACGUUCCUGAUCCGCCGGGACAGCGGCCUGAAGCACCUGGUGCUCUGUGUCCACUUCCCUUCCCCGAAUGAGAGCCCAUCCGAAGUGCUUGAAUACACCAUCAAGGAAGAAAAAUCGAUAUUGUACCUGGAAGGCUCGGUUCUUGUGUUUGAGGACAUCUUCAGACUGAUCGCAUUCUACUGUGUCAGUAGAGAUUUACUGCCCUUCACGCUGCGGCUGCCCCAGGCCAUCCUUGAGGCUAGCAGCUCCACAGACCUCGAGACCAUCUCCAGUCUGGGCCUGGGCUUCUGGGACUCCUCGCUGAACCCCCGGCAAGGAGGCGGGAGCCCAGCGGAGCACCCAAAAGACCCAGCGCCCGGAACACCCCCAGCCUCCAGCCUCAGGGCCGCGGCUCCAUACGAGAAGAGCUCCUGUGAAAUCGAGCUGUCCAUAGGAAGCGGCCUCUGGUUUGUGAAUCCAGUCUUCAUCGAGGACUGUGGCAGCACCCCGCCGCCCGACCAGCCACCCCCUGGAAGCUGUCCCUCGCUCCCGUCGCCCCCCACCUCUGACGCUACCUCACCCACCUCCAGGUGGGCCCCUCGCCGCCCAGCUCCCCCUCCCCCGGUGCUCCUUCUUCAGUCUCCUGGCUCCACCCAGCCUCCUCCACCCCCUGCUCCUGCUCUGGCCUGCCCUUUGCCCAGUUCUCCCCCAGUGGCCGCUCCCCCGCCUCUAGAGGCCCUUCCUCCUGCACCUCCAGCAUCUGCCCCCGACUUUGCACCCCAUGCCCCAGGCCCCCCGGACCAUCCAAACCAGCCACCCAUGACAGCCUGCGAGAGGCUCCCACGCCCCCUCGCAGGCCUGGGCCCCCUCAGGGAGGAAGAGAGCAAGGUGGGGGCAGCCCUCACCCCCUUGCAGGCCUCCACCCCUCCAGUGCCCACGAAGAAGAGCCUCCCCGCUGUUCCUCCCAGACGUCGCAUCUCUGAGAAGGUGUCCCUGGAGGACCAGAGUGCAGGGAAGGUGGACAGGGGGUCGGCGGCAGAGGGGGACGCGCUGGGUCUUUCCAGGUCAUCCCCGCUCAGCCUGCACCUGCAGGGGACCUCAGACAGCCCUGGCAACAGUCCUCAGAGGACCACAGAGCAAGGCCAGGAAGCAGUGGCCAAAGCCAGCGAACCGGGCAGCAUGCCAGAGCCUCCAAGGAAGAUCCGACAAGCCCCAGUCCCACCCCCCAGGAAGAAACGGAUCUCCCGGCAGCUGGCCUCGGUCCUCCCAGCUCCCUUGGAGAGCGCCGAGGUUUCCGCGGAGGCGGUAGCCCCAGAGAACCCCACGCCUGGUCCACCCAGAAACAGCCAAGGCCCUGCCUCCCCUACCAGGACUCAGAGCCCACAUGCCCGGGCAGGGGCCCGACCUCAGAGCACCCCAGAGUUCAAGGGCUCCCUGGCCUCCCUCUCGGACAGCUUGGGAGUGCCCGCCUCGGCCACAGACCAGGACUCCUACUCCACCAGCAGCACAGAGGAGGAGCUGGAGCAGUUCAGCAGCCCCGGUGUGAAGAAGAAACCCUCUAUGAUCCUGGACAAGGCGCGCCACCGCCUGAGCUUUGUGAGCUUCACCAGCGUCUUCAAUGCCUUCCUCUCCAACAACCGCAAGCUGUACAAGAAGGUGGUGGAGCUGGCCCAGGACAAGGCCUCGUACUUCGGCAACCUGGUGCAGGACUACAAAGUGUACAGCCUGGAGAUGAUGGUGCACCAGACUUCCAGCACCGAGAUGCUGCAGGAGAUCCGCACCAUGAUGACCCAGCUCAAGAGCUACCUGCUGCAGAGCACCGAGCUCAAGGCCCUGGUGGACCCCGCCCUGCACUCUGAGGAGGAACUAGAAGCCAUUGUGGAGUCUGCCUUGUACAAGAGUGUCCUGAAGCCCCUGAAGGAAGCCAUCAACUCGUGCCUGCAUGAGAUCCACAGCAAGGAUGGCUCACUGCAGCAGCUCAAGGAGAACCAGCUGGUGAUCCUGGCUACCACCACCACCGACCUGGGCGUGACCACCAGCGUGCCGGAGGUGCCCAUCAUGGAGAAGAUCCUGCAGAAGUUCGCCAGCAUGCACAAGGCCUACUCGCCCGAGAAGAAGAUCUCCAUCCUGCUCAAGACCUGUAAGCUCAUCUAUGACUCCAUGGCUCUCGGCAACCCAGGGAAGCCCUAUGGAGCAGACGACUUCCUGCCUGUGCUCAUGUAUGUGCUGGCCCGCAGCAACCUCACGGAGAUGCUUCUCAAUGUGGAGUACAUGAUGGAGCUCAUGGAUCCCGCCCUGCAGCUAGGGGAGGGUUCUUACUAUCUGACCACCACCUACGGGGCCCUGGAGCACAUUAAGAACUACGACAAGAUCACGGUGACCCGGCAGCUGAGCGUGGAGGUGCAGGACUCCAUCCACCGCUGGGAGCGCCGGCGCACACUCAACAAGGCCCGGGCCUCCCGCUCCUCCGUGCAGGACUUCAUCUGCGUAUCGUACCUGGAGCCCGAGCAGCAGUCGCGGACGCUGGCGUCGCGGGCAGACACGCCGGCCGAGGCGCUGUGCGCUCAGUGCGCGGAGAAGUUCGAGGUGGUGCAGCCCCAGGACUACCGGCUCUUCGUGCUGGUCGACGGGCGCUGCUUCCAGCUGGCCGAUGAGGCGCUGCCCCACCGCAUCAAGGGCUACCUGCUGCGGAGCGAGCCCAAGCGCGACUUCCACUUCGUGUACCGGCCCCUGGACGGCGGCGGGGACAGCGGGGGCCCGCCCUGCCUCGUGGUUCGGGAGCCCAACUUUUUGUGAGGCCGGGGCCCCGCGGCCCCUCCAAUGGCAGUAGUCAUCCCGGUGGAGAAGCGGGCGGGCCGGGCUCACACCCUCACAGUCCUGCUCAUGCUCAGCUGCACCCACUCAUACAUGUGGGAGCCCCACAUCUGACCCCACCUAGACACAUACACACUCCCAACAGGAAUGCCCACACCACACGUGCUUGCAACCGACGGAGCACGUGGUGGCAGUACAAUUAUAUAAACAACAUGAUCAGUGGCCCCCAGCAUGCGUCCUGGAGGAGAGUCACAGCCCUGAGAGGCCAAGUUCCUCAUUAGGCAUGAAGGGAAACUGAGGCUCCGAGCAAGAAGGGACUUUCCAGCCAGCUACAGCAAACAGAACGCAAGCCUCGCCCCUGUCCCCACAUACCACCCCCACCCGGAUCCUGGGCCUUUCCCCCGAGAGGGCUUCUUUUCCCCAGAACUGCCCUCAGGAGCACUGGCCUGGCCACAGCUACUCCCAUACCCCCCCCCCCAGGAUGGAGUGGGGAUGCUUUGGACCCACUCAGCAUCUCAAGAGCAUCUCAGGGUGUGUGAGGAGACAGGUCCCCCAACCCUGCACUGGAGCCUGCCUUCAGCUACCAGCACCAAGUCCCUCUGCCACAGCUCCCAAGCCCCUCGAGGAGCAGCCAGACGUACACUGGGACCUCCAGGCGAGGACGGCUCUUGGCUACAUGGAUGAGCCCAGCCUUGGCCACAGGGGACAUGGACCAGGCCCUUUCCUUGGCGGGUGCACCCCAGCGCUGCAGCACUUGUGGCAGGAGGCACUGUGGGGAGCGGUUAAUAAAAACCCUUUUGAAAACAGCA